CCGUUCGCUGGAUUUUUUGAAUUAGUUGCGUGUGGUAGCUUGUUGACAUCAGUACCGGGUACCGGAUGCGAAUGCGGAUGCGAAUACGGAUGCGGACGACACGUGUGCGUGGCAAGCAAAUCUCUCGACAAAUCUCGACAAGCCUUGCCAGAGUUUAGAGUUCAGUUCGUUUGUGGGGCGAUCGUCAAGAGAACAAAAAAAAAAAAUAAAUAAAUAAAUUUAAAAAAAAAAAAAGAGAAAAUAGAAAAUAGAAAAGAGCCCACCGGUUUACUGAUUCUUUUUUUUUGGCUUUAUAACUGUUGCUGGUUUUUGUGUUUGUUUUUGUUGUUGUGCUCCUGAUUCUUUAUGCGGUAUCACGUGUGUGUGUGAGGUGAGGUGAGUUAUCGGCAUGGCCACGCCUCCACACAGCAGCCGAGGCGGUAGAAGAAGCGCAAAUAAAUAUGAUUAAGCUUAAGAAUAUAUAAUAAUACAAAAUAAAAAAAAAAAGAAAGGAAGAAAGGAGAGAAGAAAGAGAAAAAAUAAAUAAAAUCGUACAAGACGCAACGCCAGAAGAAAAAGAAGCAGAAGCGCAAGGAGAAGCAGCGGCCGAAGAGGGAGAAAGUUCAAAUGAAAUAACGCAAUAUAAAAACAUAAAUAACUAAGAAAAGUGCCAGGCGGAAGAGGAGCGGAAAGCAAGCGGAGCAUCCCAUCGCCGAGUAGGAAGAAGAGGAAAGAAGACAACCCGAAAGGAAGAAAUCAGCAGAAGAGUCGCAGCGGCCAGAGAGUCACUAGGAGAGAGAUAGAGAGAGAGAGAGAGGCAGCCAAGGAGCGGGGGAGCAGCAGCCGGACAACAAGAGAGAAUCGAGCUCAAUUACGCCGCCAAACUGUCGUGUCAGCAACAACGUGAAAUGUGCAAUUCCUGGCUGCUGCUCAUAAUUGCGCUCUCCGUCGUCGUCUGCCUGUGGAACUCGCAACAAACCGAAACAUCCAAAUCAUGCCCACCCGAGUGCAUCUGCUUGUCCCAGACUCAAGUUCUGUGCAACACCGGAGGUCUUGAGCAAAUCCCGCUCCGCCAGCUGCCCGCAACGGUGGAGAACCUGGCCCUGACCAAGAACAACUUCCCGAUCAUCAAGCCGGACUCCUUCGCCGGACUGCGGGCGCUGAAAAAGCUAUCGCUGGACGGCAACAACAUAACCAGGAUCAGGCAGUUCGCCUUCCGGGGCCUGCCCCGGCUGAAGGAGCUAUCGAUCCAGUACACUCCCCUGCAGACGGUGGCCCAGUUCGCCUUCGCCGGCCUGCAGAACCUCUCCACGAUCCUGCUGAGCCACAACCAGAUCCAGAGGAUCGAGGGCAACGCCUUCGCCGGCACCUCCAACAUCAAGCUGAUCCUGCUGACCAAUAAUCCCCUGAUCCGGAUCGACAGUUCGGCGUUCUCGAGUCUCACCAACGUGGGCCACCUGAUCCUGCCAUCGGGCAUCAGGAGCAUCGAGCAGGACGCCUUCUACGGCAUGGACACGGUGGGACUGCUGAAGCUGGCCUAUAUGGAUCUCAAGGAGGUGGCUCCCUUCACGUUUCGCGGCCUGACGAACGUCCUCCUGCUGACGCUCCAGGAGUCGGAUCUGGGUGUGAUAUGCGCCGACGCCUUCACAGGACUCGCCCAGGUCGAGACCCUGCAGAUUCUGAACAACAAAAUCGACUCGAUCGAGGAGCUCAACUUCACCGCGUCCGCGGCUAUAAAGCACUUGAAGUUCUUCGGCAACCAUGUCCUGGAGACACCCGAUCCGAACGCCAUCAUCGUGGACGGCGUGGAGCACUUGCAGCUCGUCAACAAUCACUUCCCGUGUGGCUGCCACAUUCACACGCUGCUCGACGGCCCCCUGGCCGAGGGGGCGCACAACUUGACCGAUUUUCUGCAGAAGAACUACUGCAUUUCUCCGCUGGAGGUGAACGGCCGGGUGAUGAGUGAACUGGACAUCGACUCCAUCGGCCGUUGCUCCGAUCAGCUGACCAAGGGGAAUCUGGGCAGCUCGGCGGCGUCGCUGGCCUUGGGCCUCAACUCCAUGCUGCUCAUCGCGGUGGCAAGUUGUGCGGAGUGGCGCCACGUCCGGCUGUUGGCUGCCCGACUGGCGCUGCUUUUGGGGCACGUUGCCUGGCGGAGGCGUCGGAAACGGCGAAAGGGCCACUAGGAGAUGGUAAAAGAAAACCAAAUGUUCCAGAUGGUCCAAAAGAAACAAGGCCAUCAUCAAAGAGAUCCACAGGGUAUCUGCCCCAACGACUGUCCAGGGGCAGGCUCAAGAACAGACACAGACACCAACUCCGAACAGAGGAACCUGAGAGCAGAGCCCUAAUCGUCCCAUCUUGGUAAUUCCCUUCGAUUGUUUUGAUAUCGAUGGCAUCGUAUCUGUCUUCUAAUACAUAAAUACCCACACGAGUGUUGUUCAUAUAUGCAUAUGCCAUGGAGUAUAUAUGCGGAAAAGGCUACAAAUUGUCAAAUUGUAAAACGCUGCAGUUUUGCUAUCGAAAUGCGAAAUCUGAGAGUCUCUGUUCUUGUGUGCCCUCUCCGUGCCCCCUUUUUCAACUUUCAUCUACAAAAAAAAAUAACAUAAAAAUAAAAUAAAGUGAAAAAAAUAGUUGCUGAACCCUGGGCUAAUCCUGCAACCAGGACACUGCAUCCUGCAUAUCCUGGACCCGAGGGCGUUCUGUUACGUUUGUUUGGUAGUUGUUUACGUUUCUGUUGCCAUUUUAUUCUGUUUGCGUUAAAUUCGAAAAAAUGCAGAAGCACAAAAAUGCGAAUUGCGAAUCGCAGAAUGCAGAUGGGAAAGGAUGCAGGACGCAGGACGCUGGUUACAGGACUGCGGAUUGAACACUAAAUAAUUAUGUAUAUCGAAUUUCGAGUCAAAUGUGUGUAAAUCAUAAAGUGAACACAUAUGGACAACGGCAUAGACAAAAUCCGAUUUAAGCGUAUUUAAGCAUAUUUGUAUUUGUAUAUGUGACAGUAAAAUCUCUAUAUAUAUAUAUACAUAUAUAUAAUGAAUUUUUUUUUUAUCAUAGCUGAUAGUUCAUAAAUAACUGGGAAAAUUUAUUGGCCAAUUAAUAAAGAUGCAAUUUAUCCGUAUAUGUGGAGAACAAACAACAAACAAACGACAUCUGCAUUACCUAGCCAGAUGAACGAUAUAUACACAUAUGUAUACCCACAUACAUAUACAUAUAUAGCCCGUCUAGUCAAUUAAUGCCACAGUAUCUUGUAUCUUUGUAUCUACGAUAGCUAAACCUAAACCUAAUGCUAAAUGGAAGCCCCGAACAAAAUUUGUACUUAUUUUAUAGCAAACGAUGUACGGUACGAUAUACGAAAUUACACACUAUUAUUAUUAUGGAUAAAUAUGUGAUAAAGAAAAUGUUUGCAUUGCCCUCACAGGACUCCCUUGGAAAAUGAGAAAGAAAAAACAGAACGAUUCCUGUACAUAUCAAAAAUGACAAAAAAGUAUCGAGUAUCAAUUACUAACUUGCUUAGCUAAAUUAUAAAAAAAAAAAAAAGAAAAUAUAAAACAAUGUACAUUUUAUAGCAAAGUCCACGAGAAUUAAUCCCAAUAAAUCUACAUGUAUUUCCCCAAAAGUUAAGACCGAAAUUGCAAACUGGAAAAUUAAAUGUAAAUUAAAACAAUUUGUCCAAACAAUUUAGCCGCAAAUCGAAUCGAAUCGAAUUGGUUUGAAUUGAAUUGAAACAAAAAUAACGAUGUUUUCCAAGCAAAUCGUUUUCUCCACACAUAUAUAUAUAUAAUAUAUAUAUAUAUAUAUAAUUGUGUGUGUGAGUGAGUAGAUGUGUGCGUGCGUAUCCUUGCUGGCAGAUUGAUAUUCCAAUUAGAAAUGCUAACGAGACAAGUGAGGGUUCAGGACAAAUACAAACACAGACUCGCCCACACACACACACACACACACCCUCACACACUCACACACACCAAGCCGAAUGCACUCAGUCAGCAUUUACUAUAUAAACAAAAAUCAACUAGCAUAUACCUAUAUAUGUAUACACAAAUAAAUAUAAACAAAUAUAGCAACCUCUAGAUACUGAAGUUGAUAAUUUUUUUUUUUUUUUUUUGGUCAGUCUGCUAGCUGAAAUCCUAAUCUUAAUUAGCCAUGGUAAUACGAUUAAUAUUUAUAGUGAAUGGUAACUCUAGAUAACAAAUAUCGAUUGUUAACUCUGCGAUAAUGACUUCGAUUAAUGUAAAAUAGCAUAAAUUGUGUCGCCCAAGUAAGUGUUUCCCAUCACCAUUAUUUGUAUGUCCGAAACGAAGGCAAUUACGCGUCAUUAUGCAUGAUUAUACUAUAUUGAAUAUAUAUAAUGUUAACUGUAGGCUAAAUAUGAGACAUACAGGUGCAUAACGAUAACGAUAACGAUUACGAAUACCAAGCAGCAAAGUCAAAGGCAAACUAAGAUCCAUGAUAAUAUAUAAUAACAAUAAUAAUCAAACCUACUAUCGAUGAAGAAGCCAAAAAAAAUAUAAUAAUAAUAAAAAAAAGAAUGAGCAAAAAGAAAAACAAACAUAAUAAAUUCAAAAGCCAAGCCAAAGGAUUAUUUAUUUCGAACGGAGGUGGGACGACAAUAAACGGGACCCUCUCUCAUCCUCUCCCUCACUCUUUGUGGCCCUCGGUCUCUUUGUAGGCGUGUCCUGGGGAGCGGGAGCGGGUCCAAUAAAUCAAGCAUUGGCGCAUCCCAGAUGCUCUUCUCCCUCCCCCUGUCGGCCAGAGCUUAAGGACUACCACCCCUACUACUACCACCCCUGCCUCCCCUCGUGCAUCCUUUGUCUUCUUUAACAUCUUCCUCUUCUGCCUCGGCUCCUUCUUCAUUUUAUGUUUCUUGUUCCGCUUUGCUAGUUUUUUAUUUAUAUGCCGCAAAAGCUUUAAAUGCGUCACCAGCAGCAGCAGCAGCAGCAGCAGCAGCGGCG